AUGUCACAAUUGGAUUUUAAAGACAAGGUAGUUAUCAUCACUGGUGCAGGUGGUGGUUUAGGUAGAUACUACUCACUCGAAUUUGCCAAAAGAGGUGCCAAGGUUGUUGUUAACGACUUGGGUGGUGCUUUAGAUGGUCAAGGUGGAAACUCCAAGGCUGCUGAUCUUGUUGUUGACGAAAUCAAAAAGAAUGGUGGUGUUGCCGUUGCCGACUACAAUAAUGUUCUUGAUGGUGACAAGAUUGUUGAAACUGCUGUCAAAAAUUUCGGUACAGUCCACAUUGUUAUCAACAAUGCCGGUAUUUUGAGAGAUGCUUCAUUCAAGAAGAUGACUGAAGCCAAUUUCAAAUUGGUUAUAGAUGUCCACUUGAAUGGUGCUUUUGCCGUUACCAAGGCUGCUUGGCCAUAUUUCCAAAAACAAAAUUAUGGUAGAAUUGUUAAUACCGCUUCUCCAGCCGGUUUGUACGGUAACUUUGGUCAAACCAACUAUUCUGCUGCCAAGUCUGGUUUGGUUGGUUUUGCUGAAACUUUGGCUAAAGAAGGUGUCAAGUAUAAUAUUAUUGCCAACACCAUUGCUCCAUUGGCCAAGUCAAGAAUGACUGAAUCUAUUAUGCCACCAUCAAUUUUGGAAAAAUUGGGCCCUGAAAAGGUUGCCCCAUUGGUUUUGUACUUGUCACAUGCUGAUACUGAAAUUACUGGUCAAAUAUUUGAAGUUGCUGCUGGUUUCUUUGGUCAAAUUAGAUGGGAAAGAUCAGGUGGUAUCUUGGUUAAACCAGAUCAAUCUUUUACUGCCGAAGUUGUUGCUAAGAGAUUUAGUGAAAUUCUUGAUUUUGAUGAUUCAAAGAAGCCAGAAUUGUUGAAGAACCAACACCCAUUUAUGUUGAAUGACUACUUGUCAUUGACCGAAGAGGCUAGAAAAUUGCCACCAAAUGAUGCAUCUGGUGCUCCAGCUGUCUCCUUGAAGGAUAGAGUUGUUUUGAUUACUGGUGCUGGUGCCGGUUUGGGUAAAGAGUAUGCCAAAUGGUUUGCCAGAUAUGGUGCCAAGGUUGUUGUCAAUGAUUUCAAAGACGCUUCCAAAACUGUUGAAGAAAUUAAAGCUGCUGGUGGUGAAGCCCAUGCUGAUCAACACGAUGUCGCCACUCAGGCUGAUGCCAUUAUCAAGAAUGUUUUAGACAAGUAUGGUACUAUUGAUGUCUUGGUUAACAAUGCUGGUAUCUUGAGAGACAGAUCAUUUGCUAAGAUGACUAAACAAGAAUGGGACCAAGUCUUGGCCGUUCACUUGCUUGGUACUUUUAACUUGUCUAGAUUGGCAUUCCCAAUUAUGAGUGAAAAGAAGUAUGGUAGAAUUGUCAAUAUUACCUCCACUUCAGGUAUCUAUGGUAACUUUGGUCAAGCCAACUACUCAUCAGCCAAGAGUGCCAUCUUGGGAUUGUCCAAGACGAUUGCUAUUGAAGGUGCCAAGAACAAUGUCAAGGUUAACAUUGUUGCUCCACAUGCUGAAACUGCCAUGACUUUGACCAUUUUCAGAGAAGAGGACAAGAACUUGUACCACGCUGAUCAAGUUGCUCCAUUGUUGGUUUACUUGGGUUCAGAAGAUGUUCCAGUUACUGGUGAAACAUUUGAGAUUGGUGGUGGAUGGAUUGGUAACACUAGAUGGCAAAGAGCUAAAGGUGCUGUUUCCAAAGACGCUCACACUGCUGUCGAAUUUGUUAGAGACCACUUGUCAGAAAUUACUGAUUUCAGCAAGGAUACUGAAAAUCCAAAAUCCACUCAAGAAUCAUCAAUGGCCAUCUUGUCUGCUGUUGGAGGCGAUGACGAUGAUGAUGAGGAAGAGGAAGAUGAAGGCGAUGAAGAAGAAGACGAGGAAGAGGUUGAAGAAAAUGACCCAGUUUGGAGAUUCAAUGACAGAGAUGUCAUUUUGUACAAUAUCUCCCUUGGUGCCACUACUAAGCAAUUGAAAUAUGUUUAUGAAAACGAUAGUGAUUUCCAAGUUAUCCCAACUUUCGGUCACUUGAUUACUUUCAACUCGGGUCAAUCACAAAGUUCAUUUGCCAAGUAUUUGAGAAAUUUCAACCCAAUGCUUUUGUUGCACGGUGAACAUUACUUGAGAGUCCACAAAUGGCCACCACCAACUGAAGGUGAAUUGAGAACUACUUUCCACCCAGUGCAAACCACUCAAAAGGGAUCUAAUGUCGUUAUCGUUCAUGGAUCACAAUCUCUUGACAACAAGACCCAAGAACCAAUCUAUUCCAAUGAAGCCACUUAUUUCAUUAGACAAUGUCAAGCUGAUAACAAGGUUUACAAGGACAGAAGAUCAUUUGCCACUAAUCCAUGGACUCCACCAAAGAGAGACCCAGAUUACCAAGUUGAUGUCCCAAUAUCUGAAGAUUUGGCUGCUUUGUACAGAUUGAAUGGUGAUCGUAACCCAUUGCACAUUGACCCCAACUUUGCCAAAGGUGCCAAGUUCCCUAAACCAAUCUUGCAUGGUAUGUGCACUUAUGGUUUGAGUGCCAAGGUUUUGAUUGACAAGUUUGGUAUGUUUGAUGAAAUCAAGGCUAGAUUUACCGGUAUUGUGUUCCCUGGUGAAACUUUGAGAGUACUUGCUUGGAAAGAAGGUGAAAAUGUCAUUUUCCAAACUCACGUUGUUGAUAGAGGUACUAUUGCUAUUAACAAUGCUGCUAUCAAGUUGAUUGGUGACAAACCAAGCUUGUAA